UGCGCACCACCGAAAAGGGGAAAACUAAUAAAAUUGUUGCGAAAACAUAAGCUGACUCUGAGAACCACGCAAGAUUACCAACCAUUCCCACAGAGAAAUUAUUGUUUUGAAAUUUAAAAUGGCUUGUGUGCUUCAACUCUUUGGAAUUCUACUGAUAGUUUCAAUAGGAUUUACUAUUAGUGUUACCUUUAUUGAUGAUGAUCCUAUAGUAGACCUCUCCUUGGGUAAAAUCCAGGGAAGUACAAUGCAAAGCUUUCAGGGAAAAACAAUUUAUGCUUUUAGAGGCAUAAGAUAUGCCCAAGCCCCAGUGGGUCAGCUGAGAUUCUCCAAUCCCAUUCCCGAAAGUAGUUGGGGUGAUGAGGUUUUUAAAGCAACUUCAGACUCCCUAGUUUGUCCACAACCAGGAAUUUCCUUGCUAAUGAGUGAGGAUUGCCUUAAACUUAAUGUUUUCACCAAAAACUUUGAAAACAAAAAACCAGUGAUUGUUUAUAUUCAUGGAGGAGCUAAUGUCCUGGGAAGUGGUCACAGUAUCUAUGAAGCAGGUCCUCAAUAUUUACUAGACCAUGAUGUGGUUUUCGUGGCCUUUAACUAUCGUCUUGGAGCCCUAGGAUUUCUCAACACAAAUAGCAGUGAAACGAAGGGAAACUUUGGCUAUCUAGACCAAGUGAUGGCUCUUCAAUGGAUUAGAGAUCACAUUUCCCACUUUGGUGGCGAUCCUGAGUUGGUGACAAUUAUGGGAAUGAGUGCUGGUUCGAUGGCAGUCAGUCUGCACUUGGCUUCGCCCCUUUCCGCAGGACUCUUCCAUCGGGCAAUCCUCAUGAGCGGUUCGGCCACCAAUCACUUUGAUAUAGAUAACCUUUUUUGGUCACGAAAACUGGCUCGUGAAUUGGGUUGUCCCAUGUUUGAUCCCACGGAUCUGGUGGAGUGCCUUCGAAAUGAGAACUGGACACGCAUUGUGGAAAUCUGCAAGGCCUGGGAAAGCUACCAGUUUGUCAACAUGAAGUGGAACUAUGAAAUAGAUGGGUAUUUUUUGCCUAAACAUCCUACGAAACUCAUUGAGGAGGGAAAAUUUAACAAGGUGCCAUUGCUGAUCAGUUACACGGCCAACGAAUUGGAUUACUCUGCUUAUGUUCACUUGGAAAACGAGCCUUUACUCCAUGAUCUUGGCUCUAAUUUUGAGAAAUACGCUCCGGAGUUGUUUCUUUACAAUCAAAACGCAAUCAUAAGUCAAAGACUAAAGGAUUACUAUCUUGGCAGUAAUACUACUGAAAUUAAUUCUGACAAUAUUGAGCAAUUCGGUCGAAUAUUCUCUGAUGGAAUCAUUGGCCAUGGAGUCCAUCGUCUGGUUCAUUUGGCCAGGCAUUUUAGUCCAGUUUAUUAUAUGCGAACUGAUUAUGUGGGUGAGCGAACUGUUUCAGCUCCUUUGGAUGAGGAUAAUAAACCCCUUGGAGUGGCUCAUGCGGACGAUCUACAGUAUAUAAUGCCGAGUCUUUGGUAUGGCACCAUGAUGCCAGAAGGACAUUCGGAUAUUUUCAUGAUGGAGCGCUUAACCAGUUGGUUUACACACUUUGCCAAAACGGGGACACCCUUAAACAGCACCGGUGACUGGCCUCCCUGCAACUCAUCCGACCUGUGGAUGCUCUUCAACGGGGUGGCGACCCAGGUGGGUUCUCCCCUCGAUUCAGAUCGAUAUGCCGUCUGGGACGAACUGUUUCCCACGGCCGCCCGGAGCGGAGGUGCGGCCUGGAAACUCGGCGUUUGGGUCGGAGUCGCCACCGGAGUGGCCUCCCGGCUCAUCGGAAAAUUAAUGUAGCAAUUAGGUGUGGAAAAAGCUUAUCAAUAGGCCGUUUAGAUUACGCUAAUGACCUUCGACGCUUGCGCUCGCUUAGCGAGUUUGCUCGGCGCAACUAUUUACUUUGAUUAAUUAAUCAACAAAGGCGUGAGAUUUUCCCUGUUUCCACUGAGCGAGCUCAGCUUUUCUCGAGGGCAAUUAGU